AUGGCUAGUGAGGAGAGUUUCCUAGUUCUGGUACAUUACAGAGGGUCGAUUAAGAGAAAAACUCGGUCCGGCGUGAAGUUCACUGAUAAGGAUCUCCUAUGUAUUAUCGUGACGCCAACAACCACCUACGAUGCUCUUGUUAGCUCUGUGCUGGAGAAGCUUGGUCUUGAAGGAGUUAAAAGGGUCAAGAAGUUUUUCUACCGCAUUCCAACAGCGGUGCUCAAUGACACCGUGAAGUUUGAUUGUUCCACAAUCGGUAGUGACGAGGACUUGCAGGUUAUGUUUCUUUGUCGUAGGCAGUUUCCCGAGGUAAGGACACCAGAGUUGUUGGCAAAGUUGGUUGAUGUGGUAUCUAGCUCGGGUGGUUCGAACCGGAAUGCCAAUACUAUAGCCGCGGUUGCCGGCUCGAGCUCGAGACCUGCUAUUGCUUCAUCCUCUGCUCCUGUGUAUGAGCCACCGAUGCAGCCUGUUGCGUCCCCUUCGUUUGCCGUUGAUCUGAGCGGCAAUGUUGGAGACAAGGUUCGGUAUGGGGAACAUAUUCCCACCGAGGUACAUUGUCCCACACCGGCUGGUGUUGGUGAUGGUUUGUUUGAUGAUCCAGAUGACGAUGACGUGGAGCCGGAUAUGAUUACUGAUGAAAGCGGCGAUGAUGUUGGAACUACUGUUCCGAGAAGGGCUACAGGUCGAUCUAGUUCUGGCACACAGCAGUAUCCACCCCAUUUUUCCUCGUUAGACCUGGAUGCCAUGCGGCAGGACGAAAAUGCUCUGCAGCCCUCAGGAUAUGGCGCUAGAGAUACCGAGGGGUCUGCCGGUAUGAACGAGUUCCAGGUUGGCCAACAAUUUCAGGAUAAAGAUGAGGCGCUGUUGAGUGUGAAGACGUACAGUAUCCGCCGAGGGGUCCAGUACAAGGUCGUUGAGUCUGACUACCGCAUGUAUGUGGGAAAGUGUUCUAAGUUUGGGAAUGGGUGCACAUGGCUGAUUCGGUUGAGUCUCCGACAGCGGAAGGGUAUCUGGGAAGUGAAGCGAUACAACGGACCGCAUACAUGUCUCGCCAGCUCCAUCUCCAGCGACCAUAGGAGUCUGGACUACCAUGUGAUAUCCACCUUCAUUAUGCCGAUGGUUAGGGCUGAUGCAGCUGUGAACAUCAAGGUGCUUCAAAAUGCCACGGCCGCACACUUUGGGUUCAGGCCAACGUACAGGAGCGUAUGGAUGGCGAAGCAGAAGGCCGUUGCCGUCAUAUAUGGGGACUGGGACGAGUCGUACAAUGAGCUCCCUAGGUGGGUUUUAGGAGUUCAGCUGACGAUGUCUGGCACUGUAGCCGUCCUCAGGACUUGCCCUGUUCGAGUUGGGGGACAGGUUGACGAGUCUCAGGUUUAUUUUCAUAGGCUGUUCUGGACUUUCCCCCCUUGUAUUCAGGCAUUCCGCCAUUGCAAGCCUUUGCCUUACGUCCACGAGGUCUAUCGCCUGAGUUCCGUUUUCGGUGUCUAUCAGAUGGGAUUUACACCUCCCAUUCCAGAGGGUUUCUGGCCACCUUAUGCCGGGCCUACCGUUAUACCGGAUCCGAAUAUGAGGCGUGCGAGGGAGGGUCGUCCUAGAUCCACAAGAAUUCGCACCAACAUGGAUGAAGCAGAUCCGAACCGGCCAAAGAGAUGUGGCCUCUGCAGGCAGCCAGGUCACACCAGGCGUAAUUGUCCACAAGCCGCAGGCCCCAGCGGGACUGCUGGAAAUCAAUAG